CAAACCAACUGCCAAUUUCUUGCCAAUGACUAAACAAACGAGAAGAUCUUGGAUUCAAGCGGAUCCCCCAAUCUUUUCUGUAGCCAGGUCACCCCAUGUCUGCACACCCAGCUUCCUGGCUGCUUCCUUGUCCUGCUUCCUGCUCCUCCCGCCUCUCCAGGGCGCCCCCUUCCCGGCGACGAGGCGUGCCGCGUCUGGCCGGACCGCCGAUGAGCGCCGCCUCCUGGCUCCUGCGCAUCAUCCUUGGGAAUGCGGCUGCCGACCUGUAAAGUUUGGUACCAGGUGAUUUCGGGCAAGAUCCGGAUUUCUUGAGCUCCUUCUUCCUAGGUCAAUGCGUUCUCAAGGAAGAGACAUCCGUUUCUUGGAUUAGCUGUCGAAGCGGCCUUGGAUUAAAGAUAUUCAGACAGGCUGCUACAUUCCCCUGAUUUCAAACACCUGAUUCCAUAAAGAAGUUGACGAUGGACCGUGGCAAAAAUAUCAUCCAAGAUGAACCUCCAAAUCUCAGCUCCAAUCCUCUGUACUACCAGCCCAGUUCAGAGAAUCUGCUCCUUGACAUGGAAAUGCAACAGCCAUUUUCGGCAUCCACCUUACCAUUCGAUCCUGCACCUUCCACCAGUAUCCCACACAUGGACUGGAACCCAGGUACAAUGCUGGACAACCUCAGCUUUAUCGAGGACAAGAUCCGGCAAGCAAAGGAUGUCAUCCGUUCGAUGAUCAGCGAUGGCAGUCAGUUAUCGACUCAGCAGCAGCAGCAGGUCAAUGCAGACCUGACAUGCCUCAUAGUUCAGCUCAUCUCAACAGCCGGGAGCCUUCUCCCUUCACUGCAGAACUCAUCCUUUCUUAGCCAGCCCCCCUGCAACAGUCAGAUGGCUAAUCUUGCUGCCAGUGGCAGUGGAACUAGCUCAAGCUCCGUUCGUAACAGAGCCGUCUCUGAAGAUCACAAGGAGGAAAUGCAUAGUCCUGACUACGAAGAGCUUUUUAAGGGGUUGACUGAUUAUGCUGUGGAAGUGGAAGGCAUUGAAAUCGGCAACAGUUUACUUGUCGACGAGCACGACACCAAGGAUGGCAACGAGGUUGGCAUUGGCAUAGAUGCAGACAGCCUACCACCAGGCACAUAUGAACUCUUGCAGCUGGAGGAGGACGAGAUCCUGGCUCCGCAGACCCACUUCUGCGCCAUCUGUGGCAAGGGCUUCAAGAGGGACGCGAACCUGCGGAUGCACAUGCACGGGCACGGCGACGAGUACAAGAGCCCCGCCGCGCUGGCCAAACCGCCUAGGGACGAGAGCUUGGACCACGCCGCCAUUGUGAAGAGGUACUCGUGCCCGGUCGCCGGGUGCAAGAGGAACAGGCUGCACAAGGGCUUCCUGCCCCUCAAGACGAUCCUGUGCGUCAAGAACCACUACAAGCGAAGCCACUGCGUGAAGAACUACACCUGCAGCCGGUGUCACGCCAAGAAAUUCUCUGUCAUGGCCGACCUCAAGACGCAUGAGAAGCACUGCGGCCAGGUCAGGUGGGUGUGCUCCUGCGGCACGACCUUCACGAGGAAGGACAAUCUGUUCACUCAUGUGGGUCUGUUCAAAGGCCACACACCGCUGUUGCCGGCAGACGAGCCUGGCUCACACCAGGUGGCUCACGCAGGAAGCCAUCAAGAACCAGCCAAGGGUAGUAGCUUGAUUUGGGGUAACUCUGGUGGUGCUGGCGUGCCUUUAGGUGUCGAUGGGCUGGACAGCUUCACCGAAGACUUCCUUUCGACGGAGAAUUUUGGCUCCUUCAGCUUUGGUUUAGGGCAAUUCGAUGGGUUCCCAGAAGAUAAUUCUGAGGGUUCAUUCAUGCUGCUGCCUCCAGGGCACCACCAAAGCGCCGAAAAGAAUGGAGAGAGCUAAAAUUCAGACCAUUCUUUUCCUGGAUGGUUUCAGAGGUACUACAAUCAUUUAUCUGUAGAAUAGCACCUCCCUUUUUGUUCUUCACGGCGCUUUGUGCUUGGCUGGGAAGUUCUUACCUGAAAUAUUUCCCUGUGUCUUAUGUACUAUAUACUCCCGUACUUCUACCUCAAGUUCCAUUUGCAUUGAGCUGUUGGUUUUCAUCUUUGUAAAGUAUCAGGCCACCUAUUGUGAAUCUGAUGCAGACUCAUUUAAGAUUUGGGUACUUUAUAACCACAUUUGUAGAUUUGUCUUGAAAA